AUGUUUCACCCUGAGUUGGUAACACAAAUAGAAGCGGAGGUCAACAAGAUCAUCGAAGAUGGAUUUAUCCAAGAAGUGAAGUACCCAUUGUGGAUCUCAAAUAUUGUACAUGUUAAGAAGAAGAAUGGUCAAAUACGUGUCUGUGUUAAUUUUCGAGAUUUGAACAAUGCAUGUCCAAAAGAUGAUUUCCCUCUGCCAAUCAUUGAGCUCAUGGUUGAUGCUACAACUGGGCAUGAAGCUAUGUCAUUUAUGGAUGGUUCUUCUGGAUAUAAUCAAGUCAUAAUGUCUCCAAAACCUGAAGAAUACACUAAAGAUGCUCCUUUCCACUGGGACCAAUCAUGGCAAAAUGCUUUUGAAAGGAUCAAAGGAUACUUGUUGAAUUCACCUGUAUUAGGGGUACCAACUCUUGGAAAGCCGUUAAUACUAUACAUUGCAUCACAAAAGCGAUUACUUGGGGCACUUCUUGCUCAAGAGAAUGAAGCUAAGAAGGAACAAACACUAUACUAUCUGAGUCGGACUUUGAUAGGAGCUGAGUUUAAUUAUAUGCCCAUUGAGAAGAUCUGUGAAGGGGCAAUCCUUGCUAAUUUCCUUGCUGAUCACCCUCUUCCGGGAAAAUGGGAAACUUCAGAUGAGUUUCCUAAUGAAGAUGCAUUUUUUACUGAAGAACUUCUGGAAUGGAUGAUGUUCUUUGAUGGAUCUUUACGUCGAUAUGGUGCAGGGGCAGGAGUCGUGUUGAUAUCCCCAGAAAGACUAAUCUUUCCAUUUUCAUUUGUUCCAGGUGAAACAUGUUCCAAUAACGCCGCAGACCACCAUAUAACUGUUCGAGUGGUUGGAGACAAAGAUUGGAGAAAACCAUUGAUUCAGUAUCUUGAACAUGGAAGGCUGCUUGGGGAUCCACGAAUAAGAGCAGACAUUAAGAGAAGGGCACCACGAUUCAUCUUUCACGAGGGAAUACUGUUAUGUCGUUCUUAUGAGGGACUAUUCUUACAGUGUCUUGACAAAGAAGAAGCUCAACAAAUAAUGGAGGAGGCACAUUCUGGCACAUGUGGAGCACACCAAUCAGGGCCUAAACUUCAUUUUCACAUCAGGAGGAUGGGCUACUAUUGGCUAACAAUGGUGAUUGACUACUUAGAGCAUGCCAAAAAGUGUCAAGCGUGUAAAUUCCAUGCUAAUUACAUCCAUCAAUCUCCAGAGGCUCUACAUCCAACUGUAGCCUCAUGGCCUUUAAAUGCAUGGGGACUUGAUGUUAUUGGACCUCUUCCAAAGUCGUCAAAAGGACAAAUGUAUAUCUUGGCUGCCAGUGCUAUUUCUCUAGAUCGGCUGAACUUGUGCCAUUAA